UGAGAACAUGACACUCACAAUAUGGCGGACGCGCUGGCGUAGCGUUCCCAUUGCGUAACGACGCCAGUAUGUCGGCGUUUCCGCUUAAACCGGAAGAAGAUGAUCUCCAGGAGCAAUUGAACACGUUUGUGGAGUUAGGAAAAAGUCGCUAAAUGCGCUUCUUCCUGCUGAAGAUCACCUCGUCGAGUUGAACUGAGAGCGAUGGCUGGUCCGGAGCUCCUGCUGGACUCCAGCAUUCGGUUGUGGGUGGUCCUACCCAUCGUCUUCAUCACCUUCUUCGUCGGGGUCCUGCGUCACUACGUUAGCCAGCUGCUGCACAGUGACAAGAAGGUGGACCUGGUGCAGGUCUCUGACAGUCAGGUGCUGCUGCGCAGCCGCGUCCUCAGAGAGAACGGGAAGUACAUCCCCCGACAGUCGUUCGCCAUGAGGAAACAUUACUUCAACAAUGCAGAAACCGGCUUCUUCAAGAAGGUCAAGAGGAAGGUGGUCCCCAAGAACCCCAUGACAGACACCAGCAUGUUGACGGACAUGAUGAAGGGGAACCUGACCAACGUGUUGCCCAUGAUUCUGAUCGGUGGAUGGAUCAACUGGGCCUUCUCUGGUUUUGUUAUUACGAAGGUGCCGUUCCCUCUGACUCUGAGGUUCAAGCCCAUGUUACAGAGAGGCAUCGACCUGCUGUCACUGGAUGCUUCCUGGGUGAGCUCGGCCUCCUGGUACUUCCUGAACGUUUUCGGGCUGAGGAGCAUGUACACCCUGAUUCUGGGUCAGGACAACGCUGCUGACCAGUCACGGAUCAUGCAGGACCAGAUGACCGGUGCUGCCAUGGCAAUGCCCCCUGACCCCAACAAGGCUUUUAAGACUGAGUGGGAGGCGCUGGAGGUCCUUAACCACAAGUGGGCUCUGGAGAACGUGGAGGAGGAGCUCAUGUCCAAAGAUCUCAACUUUGGAAACCUUUUCAGCGCUGACAUCAAGCCUGAUAUGUUUUGAACCGGGUCAGAACAGGAACAAACCCGAACGGCCAACCUGAGGACGGUUCUGGGCCUUUAUUUUACAUUUCAGUGUUUGAGCUUUUUCACCUCACAUUGUUCUGAUUCCAGUGACCCAAACCUCAGUGUGUUCUUUUAAAGGACUGGAUGAGUGGUUCUCCAGGCUUUCUAAAGGUCUUCCCUUUCUGAGGAGGAUCUUUGUGCAGGAACCAGAACCGAGACAUUAAACAGGAUGCUGGUGCCGAAGCCAGAGUCCUAAGAAAGCCCUUCAGGAAAUCCAGAGAACUGUUGAUCCAGACCCCCUUCAUGGACUACAGAAGGUCCAGCUGCCUGAAAAGAGAACCUGAAGGAACAAGGACCGGACCAGGAGUUUAAGAUCUUUUGUGAAUGUUUUAUUCAGACGUUUUCUGGAAUAAAUCUAAAGUCAGAA